AUGCCUUCGAAAGUCCAAGAUGGCGGAGAUAUAGAAACAGAUCCAAGCAUCAUUCCGGACUCUCAAAUCAACUACGACGACGCCAUUGCCUACUGGUCUUCGGUUCCAGCCUCGGUGAAUGGAGUGCUUGGCGGGUUUGGCGAACAAACGUCGGUGCCCAAGGCCGACAUCGUGGGGUCUCUGACGUUCCUCAGGAAACUAUCUAGUCGGAUGACUUGCCCCGCGGGUCAGAUCAAAUAUACAAUCGACAUGGGGGCAGGAAUAGGGCGCAUCACAAGGGAUUUGCUUUGGAAAGUAAGCGACAAAGUUGACUUGUUAGAACCGGUCAAACCUUUUGUCGAGCAAAUGACUCGCGAGUUGGUUGAGGUGGAAAGGAUUGGCAAGUUGGGGCAGAUAUACGACAUUGGUAUGCAGGACUGGCAGCCCGAUAAACAGUAUUGGUUGGUGUGGUGCCAAUGGUGUGUGGGACAAUUGCCAGAUGAAACCUUGGUUGAGUUUUGGAAAAAGUGCAAGGACUCAUUGAUGGAAAAUGGCUCGAUGAUUGUUAAGGAAAACAUUGCCCCCGUUGAGGAUAUCUUUGACGAGACUGAUAGCUCGGUGACUAGAACCGAUGCCAAGUUCAGGCAGUUGUUUGUUGCCGCUGGUUUCAAGUUGAUCGCCAGUGACGUGCAAAAGGGCCUUCCAAAAGAGUUGUACCCGGUGCGCAUGUAUUGCCUAAAGCCUGUGUAG